UUAAAUUCAAUAUACUUAGCAUUAAUUGAUAUCACAUCUUUAUAGUGCUUAAUGAUCUAAUAUUUUUUUUUUACUUAGCCAUUUUUGCACGAAGUUUACGAAGGGUUUUUGUUGUGAUUUAUACAAUAUAGAUGGUUAUGACCCGCCGACCGCAGACACUCGUCGUCAUUUGCUCCCACCUAGGCCUCGAGCUGCAUACACGAAAUUGAGUGGGGGAACCGGCCGAUGCGACGACGACGGCUAGCGUGAUUCUGAAUUUAAUAUAAAUUUCCUUUAAAAAUGCCGCACUUUUUCAUGAAUAACGUAAGCGCCGCCCCUAAUCGAAUCUAUUUUUCUACUACAGAUUAUCCAAACAAACACAAAAAAAUUAAAUAAAUAUCACUCCAUUGUAAAAUCAAUACAUUCAUUGUUCCGCUUAGAAUCUAAAAUCUAAUUAUUAUAUAAUUAAAUAAUUUUAAAUAUAACAAAAUAUAUUGUGUAUAAUAUGAUAUUAUAAAAUUGAUAUUUUAAAUUAAAUUAUCUUUUGGUGUGCUUAAAUGUGUGUGGAUUGACUGUUAAUACUUUUAUUUUUUAACUCUCGAUCCUUUUUAUUAUUUUGAAAUACAUAAUAGGUACCUAAUACUAUAUUAUAUUUUACAAAUUUUUUUUUUGCUUUAAAUUUUUAAUUAUUAGAAAAUAUAGCUUAUAUGAAUUCUUGUAGUUCAUAAAUAUUGUAUAUUGUUAUUCAAUAGUUAUUACAAAUGUAGCAAAAGUACUAUGCACUUUAGUCCUGGAACCAUGAAAAAUAUGGCCGACGGAACAAUUAUAGUGAUGAGGUCUCACUCUAAUCAUGAGCGUGAAGAUGAUACCCCUCAGUUAAUAGAUGCUUUAAAAGCAGUACUAAAAAGAAGAGCUGCUGCUGAAAAUAUUUUAUUAAAAGAAAUUUACGACGAAGAGUGCUUAAGGCAUCCAAUAGCAGCUAGCUUAUAUCCAUAGCCUACAGCUGAAUCUUUAAUGCGUUUGGCCCGUAGGUCAGUAAUGCCUAGAUUGCCUGGGAACCUUCAGGAACUAGCAUCCUUAUUUGAUAAUGGGCAUCUUCAAAGAUUCAAUUGUUGUGACAUUACGAUAUUUAGGAGCUGUAUUCGUGACCUUGAUGGUAAAACUAGCCUGAUAUUUGCAUGUCCAGUUUUGUCACAAAGUUUUUGUGGUACUGGAAUUGAGGAGCUUCAUGUAGACGCUACUUUUAAAGUGGUUCCAGUAAACAUGGGCUAUCAAUUAUUGAGCGUACAUGCUAUGAUACAAAAUUAUUCAAUACCAAUUAUAUUCGCACUAAUGGAAUCAAAGUCUAGGAAUUCAUAUGACAGUGUAUUUCGAUAUGUUAAAGAUAAUCUUUUAGCAAACAUUUCUCCAAGGAUUAUCAUAAGUGAUUAUGAAUCUACACUUAGAGAUGUUCUACAAUCAUAUUUCCCUGAAGCUCGAACAUCUGGUUGUUGGUUCCACCAUAAUCAAGCAGUUUUUAAAAAUAUGAAAAGUAAAGGAUACUAUAGGCUUAUAAAUACUAAUCAAUUUGCACUGCAAAGCUUAAACCUUUUAUUUGGCCUUCCACUGCUUCCAUAUCAGGAUAUAGAAAGAGCAUUUCAAUUAAUUAAAAUGUAUGCAAUCAACCAUGGAGUAGCGAUGCAUAAUUUAUUUGACUAUUAUGAGAGGUAUUGGUUGCGCCGUGUGGGAACUCAGAUAAUUUCAGUUCAUGGACUUCCUAGGCGUACAAACAAUAAUAUUGAAAGUUUCCACAAUAAAUUAAGAUUAAAAUUUUCAGUGACUCAUCCCAAUCUAUGGAUAUUUUUAAGUAAUUUGAGUAAUUUAUUUAAUAAUUACCAUGUUAUAAUGAGGCAGCUUGAAAAUAAUCUUCAACCUACUAGGAGUCUGAAGGCAAAAUAUUUAUUACAAUCCAAAAGACUUAAAAAUGCCACAAGCCAAUACGAUGCUGGGAUCAUAAGUAUGUGGCAGUUCAUGCAAUUGACUUCGUAUACCACAUCAAGAUAUAUAUCUCGACAUAUAAAUUGGAUCAAUGAGGUAGAUCCAAAUUCUGAGCCAGAAGUGGAAGCUGCUGCUGUUGUACAGCCAAUUCAGGAACCACAACUGCCAAUAGCUCCACAAGUGUCAACGUGCAUAGUAUGUUUGAAUGCAAGAGCAGCAAAUAUUCAACAGCAUAUUGUUAUUCCUUGUGGUCAUGCAUGGGUUUGCAACAAUUGCAUUACAUCCCUUCCAGCACCAACAAGAUGCCCAUUAUGUCGAAUGGAAGAAGUCACUUUUCAAAGAAUUUUCUUAAAUUAAACUUUUCUAUUAGUUUUAAAAUAUUUAAUUGUUCAUCAAACAAAACUACACAAUAUGACAUACAAAUUAAUUGAAAAAUGUUGUGAUAGCUAUGAAGUAUUUCAAGAAACUGUUGAUUUUUUCUUGGAAAACAGCCAACAUCUUCUAGCAUUUCCAUGUGCUGAUCACAAAAAUGACAUUUUUUUAUUUAUAAUUACUUAUUAUAUUACCAUGAGAAUGAGACAAUACUCACGUAUAUCUAAUCAAAAGCAAAGUUAGAAAUCACGCAAAAAAAAAAACUUUUCAAAUUGAUAGCAACAUAGUAACUAGUAAUACGCAUUCAUUUAUUUAGAAAUAAUAGUGAAUAUAAAAAGUUCGUCGUUGAUUUGAAUUUUUGAAUUUUUGAUCGUUGUUCAGUUAUCACUAGCAUCCAUGACGAAGUAUUAUUUCGUCAUGGUAACCACUAAAUAAAACCUUAUCAAAUUGUUAUAAAAUGUUUAUAACAUUAUAACACCUUUAUUCGUGCAAUAAAAUGCAUUUUUGGAAAAAUGUCAGUUAACACCUUUGUCCAUUGACCCCUUCAAUUAAGAAUAGUUUAUCACCUAUAAUAUUAUUUUUUUUCAUAUUUUUAUUCAAGUUGCAGUACACAAUAAUAAUAUGACAUGUCUGUGUUGCAAUCAGUAUUUUCGAUCAGUUAUUAUCGGGCAUAUACUUUCCGGAACUAUACGUUUCGUUAAAAAACGCGCGUUGUUGUCCUGUUAAUUAGGUAUUUAGGAAUAGUGGAAAAUUAAAAUAUAAUGUAUUAAUUGUUAUUAUACGAAUAUUAACAUGAUAAGACGUUAUAAUAAUAAUAAUAUGUACCUAAGUAUUAGCCAUUAAGGCUUUAAAAAUUUAAAGUCCCAAGCUAAUAAUACAUAGUUAGCUAUUAUACAUGUUUAAUAUUUUAAAAUAUAUUACAAUUUUCUACUAUUUUUUGAACCAUCAAAAUAACUAAACUGGAUUGUUUUUAUUUAAUGCAAUACCUAUCAAUAAGAAUUUAUUUAUACCUAUUUAAGA